UUGUUAUCAUUCAUCAGAAGCAACAAGAAAAAAAAGGUCGAGUACAAACUUCUGGAAGAUCCCUGCCUGCUCUCUUUACAUCUCUGUCUCCCACAGCAUCAAAAAGGCAAGAAAGAGAACCACACCCUUCUCUUGGCCACGGCCUGGAUAGUUCAUGAUUUCAAAGUGCCUGUGGGAAGUCACUUUCGCUGGAAACUGCAGCCUGAGCUCUUGUGUUCAAAUCGUUCUUCCGUCAAAUGCGCAUUGCCCUGACCUUAUGGUGGAUGAAGAUACCUCAGUUGUCUGACUUUGCCAAUUGCUCGAUUUCAGAAUUUAGAAGGGUGGAAGGAAAGAGAAAUCUCGCCAAGAUCUGAACGUCUGGGUGGCUUAUUGUCCAGCACCGUCAAUAGCUGCGAGUGUCAGAACUGAAUAUCCUCCCUAGGAGUGCCAUGAUAUUGAAGUCACUUUAUUAAAAACAGUUGUGUCUGCAGAUCGGUGAAGAGACUCGGACGUUUACAGCCAGAGAUGACACUGAGUGUGCUUCUGCUGCGGCCCACUCUCUUCAAGUGGGGCAUAUUGAUUGAUGAGUGACUGCCUGCCGAUAAAUUCUCUCCUCACUGCUUCCUGGAUUGGAUCUCGCUGAGCAAUUGAUCCCUUACCUUCAGACUCACAUGUGGGGUUUUUCACAACAGUAGUCUCGGAAUCAUUGGGACCUGGAUUGAUUUCAUCAUUUGACACAAACAAACAGAAUCCCAGUCGCUCGAGCAUCAUGGCUUUGAACGUGGCCCCCGUCAGAGACACAAAAUGGCUGACGUUGGAGGUCUGCAGGCAGUUCCAGAGGGGCACAUGCUCGCGCUCUGAUGAGGAGUGCAAAUUUGCUCACCCCCCCAAGAGCUGCCAGGUGGAGAACGGAAGAGUCAUUGCCUGCUUUGACUCCCUGAAGGGCCGUUGUUCAAGAGAAAACUGCAAGUAUCUUCAUCCUCCAACACAUUUAAAAACUCAACUAGAAAUUAAUGGGAGGAACAAUUUGAUCCAGCAAAAAACUGCUGCAGCAAUGCUGGCCCAGCAGAUGCAAUUUAUGUUUCCAGGAACCCCACUCCAUCCAGUGCCCACUUUUCCUGUGGGUCCCGCAAUAGGGACAAAUACGGCGAUUAGCUUUGCUCCUUACUUAGCACCUGUAACCCCUGGAGUUGGGUUAGUCCCAACGGAAAUUCUACCCACCACACCUGUUAUUGUUCCCGGAAGUCCACCCGUCACUGUCCCGGGCUCAACUGCAACUCAGAAACUUCUCAGGACUGACAAACUGGAGGUAUGCAGGGAGUUCCAGCGAGGAAACUGUGCCCGGGGAGAGACCGACUGCCGCUUUGCACACCCCGCAGACAGCACCAUGAUCGACACAAACGACAACACCGUAACCGUUUGUAUGGAUUACAUAAAGGGGCGUUGCAUGAGGGAGAAAUGCAAAUAUUUUCACCCUCCUGCACACUUGCAGGCCAAAAUCAAAGCUGCGCAGCACCAAGCCAACCAAGCGGCGGUGGCCGCCCAGGCAGCCGCGGCCGCGGCCACAGUCAUGGCCUUUCCCCCCGGUGCUCUUCACCCUUUACCAAAGAGACAAGCACUUGAAAAGAACAACGGUGCCAGCACGGUGUUCAACCCCAGCGUGCUGCACUACCAGCAGGCUCUCAGCAGCGCCCAGCUGCAGCAACACACGGCAUUCAUCCCAACAGAUAAUUCUGAAAUAAUCAGCAGAAAUGGAAUGGAAUGCCAAGAAUCCGCAUUGAGAAUAACUAAACAUUGUUACUGUACAUACUAUCCUGUUUCCUCCUCAAUAGAAUUGCCACAAACUGCAUGCUAAAUAAAGAUUUAGUUCUUCUGGACAGACCACAACUGUAAGAAGCUAGUGCUGCUAUAUCAUAUAUGAGUAUUAAAUAUGGUAUGCUUAGUAUAUUCCAACCUAAGAUAGUUAACUACCUGAGACCAGCUGUGACAUUUAAAGACAUAAAGAAUAAAGUUUACUUUUCAAGGGUUUCUAAACAUAGUUUCUGUCCUAGGAAUAUUGUCUUAUCUCCAUAACUAUAGCUGAUGCAGAAAGUCCAACCAAUGUACUCAUUUCAAUUGAGAAUACUUCCAAGUUAGCAAUAAGCAAUUAGCGUUAGUUAAAAAAAAAAAAAAUCUAUUCCGAGGGCAGGUUUGAGUCUAACGCCAAUUACUGUCAUUUCAUUUAC